CGCGGGAGACUUUGUCCUUCGCGAAUCUUUUUGCGGUCUGGGCUUGCUGUACAUAACUACCUACCCGGGAAGCCCUUACCCCAAAAAGCAUUCGCGGAGGGCGCAUUCGCCGAAGGAGCAGCAGCUGCGAUCGCCGAGCCUUGGACUUAUCUAGACUCUGUGGGCUUCUAUUAUUAAUUCCUGGCACCUUUCCCUUUCCCCCGUCCAAACCGCCCCCCCCUCCCGCCCCCCUCCCGCUGUGAGUGUAUAUAUGUGUCUCUGUAGAUAUAUAUGUAGUGAGAUAAAUAAACACCCUUUCCCCCCUUUCCUACUCUUCUUGGUCCCCCCAAACGUUCAAAUAUUCCCUAUCGCCUAGUAGCCUAACUUUUUAAUCGACUUUUGCCUAAAGGAGCAAAUCACACGUUUAUUCGGAUAACUGUAUGGUAGUUUUUAUUUCAUUUAUGGAAAAAUAAAAAUAGGAUAAAACUUCCUAAAAGUUCUCCUACCCUCACCUUUCCCCCUCCCCUCCUUCCAGGACAUAGCCGUGUUUGAAAAAUAUGGGUGUCCUAGUUGAUCGAGAUUAAUUCAUAAAAAAAAAAUUCUUCGGAGCGAUUCAUUAAAUACUUUGUAAUCGUGAGCCUCGGCUUAUUUCGAGGUGGGGAGGGUGGGAUUUACUGGGAUCACCCCAUAAAUAAUAGGGAGGGAGGAGGAGGGGGAGGUGCACGGAUCCGCCGCGGUUUGGGGGAGACCCCAGUUAGCAGGAGAUGCACCAUGGAAGCGCUUGCCAAAGGCGCCUCCCUCCCCCCUGCCCACUUCCAACCUGAUUUUAAGCAACUUGCAGUCCGGUGAUCUCUCCGAUCACUCUUUCCCCAAAAACUAAUGCCCCCGAAAAGGGUAAAAAAGGCAGAAUCCGAGGGAAAACCCAGCCGAGGCGAUGCUUUUGGACGAGGUGAUUGCAAGCGAGCAAAGCAGCAUCAGCACCAGCUCUGUGGUUCUGAAACUGCCUUGUGCAUGCACACAGCACUGAGAGCAUCUCAGGCAGGAGUUGGGGAAGCUGCAUUUUCCCUCUCUUUGCAGUAAUUACUAGCCUGGAUUCCGUGGGCAAGAAAUAAAUAGCAAAGAGAAAUCCUCCCUGCCUGCCGCCCCCCGAAAGAAGGAGCGAUUAAGAGCAGAUCUGUCCGUGCAGAUCAGCUUCGUGAAAGAGACAAGAUCUGAGCAGCAAGUUGGUAGCAGAGUGGCCGCUUGACGCAACACAGGGGCCUGUAGUUCUCCCGGCUGUAAAAUAAAAACGAAGGGGGGGCGAUCUAAUGUCUCAGCUGUUAGAAACUACAAGGGCUGUCCCCUCUGUUCCCCCCCCCGGACAGCAGCACGGAGGGAGAUCCGGCUGAGAAAGGGCUGAUCUUUGCAUUUCAGGGAAGCCUGCAUAGGAGAGAUCGGACGAGGACCACAGUCGAGGUUAAGAGUUAAUAUUUCUCGAGAGAUAAAAGAGAUUUUGAAGACCUGCUUGCACUUUAGAAAAGAGUAAAAGGCCUGCUAAGGGAUAAGUGAGGAAAGAAGGCAAAGAAAAAGCACCUCAUUGCUCCCCUCCCUCCUUUCCUUCUUGCUCAGGACACGUAGCUUGAGCACUAGCUGGCUUGAUGAAAACAAAGGUGGAAGGGUCACAAUAUCUUUCAAGUAGAUUCGCAUUUUCAUAAUUAUUUAUCCUCUUCUAUUUAGAGAAAAAAAAAGACAUUUGUACUUUCCGGUCGCCAGCAAACGUCUUUACGGGGUUUUUAUUCAUGUGAACAUAAUCUAAAGGGAGAGACAAGGUAGUAGAGGGAACUUGGAAAAAAAGAAGAGGGAAGUGAUAAGAGGGAUCAACCAAGCUAAGGCUAAAAAAGCAUCCUGUAUGUUCCCUGCCUACAGUCGUCCCUCAAGAGGAUGGAAAGCAGCAGUGAUUUGGGGGGGCAGCUGAGGCGCGAGUGGAAAUCCGAGCCACGGUGGUGCAGCUCCACGUCUCUUUACCUUGCCAGCCAACUGUUGCUGCCAUGCUCAGGGCUGCGGCUGCUGCGGGCGGAGCGGGAGCCGCUCCCUUCUGCUCGAGGGCUGCCCCUGGCCGGGCUCCGCGCCCGCCGCAGCUCUGCGGGGCGCCUGUCCCCAGCCGUCCUGCCCCGCUCCCCUCCCUGCUCUGCCCCUCUCCCUGUCCUCGCUCCUCGCAGGUCCCUCUCUGCUGCGGGACCACUCACACACGUCGAGUGGUCGGCACCGCUGCCGCUCCACCCUCGGCCGUCCAAGCCCCCACUCCCGGCAGCCCCUCCGGGAAGCCCCGGGGAAGCCCCGGCCCUUUCCUUCUCCCGUCGGGCCCUCGCCUGGCCCUGCCAAGGCGCGUCCCGGGUUGGCCUCGCCUCCCCCGACGUGCUGUGCCGGGGCUGGGCCUGAGGCAGUCGGAGGGUCUCCGCUUGGUGCUCUGUGUAUAUGUGUGUGUUUGUCCUCUCGGGUAUCACGGACGCCCAGGUGGGGCCGUGAGCCAGUCUCCGCUCCCCUCGAGGCUUCAGGGCAAUCCACAGCCAGGUGAGUCGGGGAGGAGCGGAGACCCCUGCGGGAGCCACCCCCGACCUGGAUAACCCUCCUUUUCCCUCUGCCUUUCU